AUGUCGGCCCAUUUCAAUAGGUAUACGCUCAAGGGCAUAAACAAGUGGGCGAGGCGCGAGUGCCCCCAAGCCUUCGAGGCCCUCACCUUAGAGAUGAGCAACCGCAAGACUGCGACUUACUGGCAUGCGCAGGCAGGUUCCCAAUCUGGAAGUCAAGGUGGCAAAUUGCUCGAUAUUGGUCGCGAGCCCAACAACCUCUUCGCCGGUAUCAACAGCGAGCAGCAAGUACAUUUCUUAUGUGAAGAAGACCUUAACAGCGGUCCCGGACUCAAACCACUACCCCUCUCAGAAGUGGGUCACAGGCUUCACCCUCAUUAUCUUGACGGCGUCUUCCGUAUCCUCCUCACAGCCGACAGAAAGCGAUGUGAAGGUCGCGUGGAGCUCUUGGGUUCCGUUUUGAUGUAUUGCUUCGUGAAAGAUGGAGUCAUCCCACGCUUCGUGAUCAGCACCAUCUCAAAGCCAGAAUUCUUCAAGGAGGCUUGCUUCGCGGUCCGGAAUUGGGAGGGACUACCCUACGACGGCGACGAUGACAACGAUGAUGACGAGACGCAUAUGAAGGAGAUCAAGAGCGAGGAAGGAGUACCUGGAAGGGAGCAAAUGGUUGAGGAGGAAACGCGAGAGCUCCAAGAGGUACGCGCGGAGAAGAGGUUUCGUGCGCAGGAGAAGAAGAGGUGUCGUGCGCAGGAGAAGAAGCUUCGUGCGGAGAAGAAGAAGAAGCUUCGCGCGGAGAAGAGGAGCUGGAACAAGGAUAAGGCGGCUUUGGAGCGGGCGCUCGCCGAUGAGCGCAAAGCCAAUAGCGAAAAGGAUGAGAAGCUUGAGAACAAGCGGAAGAAGAUGGAGGAGAUGAGCGAAGAGAUGAAGGAAUUGCACGCGGAGUUCGCCGACUACAAGACUCGUGCGGAGAAGCGCAUCCGUGAAGCGGAUGAGUACAAAGACAAGGUCAAUAAGAAGGCGACGGAACUCUUCCAGCUCAACUAG